AUGCGAUGGAUAGGACAAGGUUGCCUUAGGAAGAAGAACUGCGACAUUUACUACAGCUGCCAUCCAGAACGGCAUGAAUUUGGCUGUGGCUUCGUUGUAGGCGCCAGACUGCGGCGCCGGGUCUCUCACUUUCUGCCAAUAAACGAGAGACUUGCAACGAUCCGAAUUACUGCCAAAUUCUUCAACAUCAGCCUGAUAUGUGCGCAUGCCCCAACCGAAGAAAAGGACGAUGUCACCAAGGAUGCUUUCUAUGCGGAGCUCGACCGGGCUUACGGACGCUGUCCUUCCCAUGACAUUAAGAUCCUCCUUGGGGAUUUUAAUGCCAAGGUAGGGCGAGAAGACAUCUUUGGUGCCACCGUCGGGCAAUUUAGUCUACACGAGACCACCUCGAGCAAUGGUCUCAGAUUAAUAGGCUUUGCUGCAGCGCAUAAUAUGGUAGUUCGUAGUACUGGGUUUCGUCAUUUGGACAUACACAAGGCAUCAUGGCUCUCUCCUGAUCGACUGACCAGAAAUCAGAUCGAUCAUGUUGUGAUCGAUGCAAGGCAUGCAUCUAACGUACUCGACGUGCGAUCCUGUCGGGGUCCCAACAUCGACUCCGACCAUUAUCUUGUUGCAGCUAAGAUUCGCACACGGCUAUGUGUUGCGAAGGUUGCACGUCGAGGACUGUUGAGAAAGCUGGACAUCGGGAAGCUGCAAUCACAACGGACAAGGGAUGCAUUCUCCACUCAAGUCACAGGCCUACUGAGCCGAGCAACUCCAACACCUGAAGACAUCAGCAAUAUGUGGGCACUCAUAUCCCACUCCCUGCGAACUUCUGCAGAAGAGGUCAUCGGAUUCCAACGUACCCCAAAGAGGAAUCCAUGGUACGACCAGGAGUGUCGCGACGCAACAGCUGCAAAAGACGCCGCCUACGGAAGAACACUGCAAGCUGGGGCCACAAGGGCUGUUGUCGAGGUCUACAGGUCAAGGAGGAGAGAUGAGAAACGCCUCUUCAGACGCAAGAAGAGAGAACAGGAGAGGCGUGAGUGUGAGAGCAUUGAGAGCAGCAGAGACCGGAAUGAAGCUCGUAACUUCUACCAGAGGGUUAAGCGUCUGACCCAAGGUUUUAAGACUGGAGGAGUUGCGUGCAAGGACGAUGACGGAAACCUAAUCACAGAUGCAGAGAUUGUGCUGAGGUUAUGGAGGGAUCACUUCUCAAGUCUAUUAGCUGGCUCUGGCCAUGAUGACUAUGGAGAGUAUGAUCCACAAACCCCAAUCUAUGGUACUGAUGUGGACGUACCGACCCCAAGCCAUGCCGAAGUCAAGGAUGCAACCCAACGACUUAAAAACAAUAAAACCGCAGGUGCUGACGGCCUGCCGGCUGAAUUGUUUAAGGCUGCUGGUGAUAUGUUGGUAGGGAGCAUGCACAAACUAAUCAGCAAGAUAUGGCUUACGGAGAGCAUGCCCGACGAUUGGAACCACAGCAUGAUCUGUCCUAUCCUGAAGAAGGGUGAUGCCACAUUGCGCACCAAUUACCGUGGCAUUAGUCUUCUUCCAGUCGCAUACAAGGUCCUUACGAGCGUACUGUGUGAAAACCUGAAACCCCAUGCCGAAGCACUGAUUGGACCUUAUCAGUGCGGGUUCAGGCCUGGCAAAUCCACUAUUGACCAGAUUUUCACCUUGCGCCAAAUCCUGGAGAAGUCCUACGAAAAUCAGAUCGACACAUAUCACCUCUUCGUCGAUUACAAGGCAGCAUUCGAUAGUCCCCGGCGAGAUCGCCUAUAUGCCGCCAUGUCUGAGCUUGGUAUACCAGCAAAGCUAAUACGGCUUUGCAUGAUGACAUUGAGCAACACCAUCAGCUCUGUCAGGGUAGGAAAUGACCAAUCUGAAACCUUUUAUACCAAGUGUGGUCUCAGACAAGGCGACUCGCUGUCUUGUAUGCUCUUCAACAUUCUAAUGGAGAGUAUUAUAAGGAAGGCUGGUGUGCAUCGGACGGGCACUAUUCUAACAAACAGAUGUGUCCAACUCCUUGGCUACGCUGAUGAUAUUGAUAUCAUUGGCCGAACCAAGCGUGAUGUUACAGCAGCCUUCGGGGCUAUUGAAAAAGAGUCAGCUAAAGUAGGACUGGCAGUUAACAUGGAUAAGACAAAGUUUAUGGUGUGCUCUAGCAGGGAAUCGCGGCGUCUUGAUUCCCAGCUAUCUGCAGGAAGCCAUAGCUUUGAGUCCGUGAAGGAAUUCAUUUACCUUGGAUCUGCAAUAUCUAGCACAAAUGAUGUCAGCCUGGAGAUUAAGCGGAGAAUCACACUUGCCAACAGGUGCUACUUUGGGCUCAUACUCUUAUAUGGUGCGGAGUGCUGGACAGUGGUGCAAUCCGAUGCAGCUGCUCUUGGAGUGUUCGAGAGAAAGAUUCUCCGCAAAAUCUUUGGUCCAAUCUGCGUUGGCGAUGCUUAUCGCACCAGAUGGAACCACGAGCUGUAUGAGCUGUACGGGGAUGUUGAUAUAGUAAGCCGAGUCAAAAUUCAAAGACUCCGCUGGCUGGGUCACAUCGCCCGUAUGGAAGAAGACGCUCCGGCUCGUAAGGUAUUUGAUGCGGUAAUCGUCGGAAAACGGAGGAGAGGACGACCCCGGAUACGUUGGCAGGACCAGGUGAUGGAAGCCCUGUCUACAUCUGGUGUUACCAACUGGCGAGCGCGGGCCCAGGACAGGAAAGCGCGUCCCACGACAUGUAGGCGGGGCGGCUACAAGCUGGACGGGGCCCAGCAAUUUGGAACCCCUUACAAUUGCGGUCGACGGAAUAAUAAUCGUCAACGAAAAUUAACGAGGAUUACUAUCGAUGACGGUCCCACAACAUCUAUAAUAGGGUACCACCUUAGUACUUUCGAGAGGAAGGCGAUGAGCAACGACUCCGUGUAUCUGAACCUCAACUACGCUGUGAAUAAGAGCCCGGGUAUUGCGGCCUCCGCUCUAAUUAACAUCAUGGGACACGAUCACAUACUAAGUUUGCCACUACUACAGCGGUUGAACGAGCAUAACCUGCGUUUGAUGCAGGAGCUCAGAGAUGACUUGUCGGCCGGAGGAUUCCCGAAGAUUUGA